CCAGGUAAGGCCGGAACGCACUGCGCCCUGGACUGCGGCUCCGGGAUCGGGCGCGUGACCAAAGGCGUCCUCCUGCCUGUGUUUGAGAAGAUGGAAAUGGCGGACAUGAUGGAGCACUUCCUGCUGCACGCGCACGAGGAGUACCUGGGAGACGACGCCGACCGCAUCGAGACGUACUACUGCUACAACCUGCAGGAGUUCACCCCCCCGAAGAACAAGUACGACGUCAUCUGGAUGCAGUGGGUGGCCUGUCACCUGACAGACAAGGACCUCAUGAACUUCCUGUUUCGCUGUAAGAAGAGCCUGCGUCCAAACGGCGUCAUCAUAAUGAAGGACAACAUGGCGCGGCAGGGCUGCAAGCUGGACUCCAUCGACAGCACCAUCAGCCGCCACCUGGACAUCAUGAAGUGCAUCAUCGCCAAGGCCGGCCUGGAGGUGCUGGAGGUGGAGCUGCAGGAAGGAUUCCCUGAGAUCAUCAUGCCCGUCUGGAUGAUCGCCAUGAAAUAG